GCUCAAUAGUCCUGAAAAAACUUCCCUGAUUCAUUGUCUGUGUCUCACGUAAUGGAAGUAGUCGGUGCACCCGUUUGCUGAAUGAAAAGGAUAUAAUUGUUACUUUCUACAGGAACUUGACUUGAAAAUGCUCCGGGAGUGAUUAGGGAUUGGAACAGAAUGCGCCUGAUAUUGUUUCCAAAAUGGAGCGGGUUGGUGACGGAUUGAGGAUUGAGGAUGGAAUCCGGAGUCACGUCCAUCAUCAUUCUUAAAGUCUCUUCAGCUUCUGAGCCGAUUUGAUCGACUUGCGAUUUGCAUUGCGAUUAUGUUAUAAUAUGGACUGUAUCUCUUGGGUGCUGUGUUGCUUGUUGUCUCUGGUAAACAUGAGUAAAGCCAGGCACCGCAGGACUGCAAUUCAGUUUUACUCCGCCACUUUAUAGGUUAGCCGGUAACUGCGUUUAAAGUGCUUGGAAGAUUCCAGAACGAUGCCAUACAUUGCAGGAAUACAAUACAGUUCGACUCCACUUGCUAAGUUAGUCGGUUGUUGCUUUUGUUUACUGGACCAAAACAACGUUGAGCUGAGAAUUGAGGAAUUUGGGCUUUAAAGUGCUUGGAGAAUUACUUAAAAAAUGAAAUUUAAUGAAGUUGGACAUAAGAAUUUAGGGAAGACUUGUCGACCGUUUAACUGUAUGUAAUUACUAUAUAACGCUGUAGUCUUGGUGAGAGUCUAAAAUGUUGCACCUAGAUGAUGGUUAAACCAGUGCUUCCAAUGCUUUUUAAACCAAUAAUUUAUACAUUGAAAACACAAGUAUCCCAAAUCUCAUAUAGAAGCAGAAAUUGCUGUACUUGUCAUGCUUAAUAUUUAGGUUUUAAUCUGUAUGGUACUUGUUUUGUCUUACUUUCUCACAUACUAUGAAAUGACUCAUUUUUACAGCCAGUAAUCAACUCUGAAUUCAGGAAUUUGCGUGUUAGCAAUGAAAUAAGUUGAAUCGAUACAUAAACAAGUGGAAUUUAAUCUUAAUACGUGGCCUUUCUUUCAAAAUGGCACUGAGAGCUGUAGCACUUUAUGCAUUCCAAAGCGAAAACAAAGGGGAGAUCAGCAUACAGGAGAAUGAGGAGCUGGUUAUUUUAGAUGAGAACUCCAUAGAUGGCUGGUUACAGGGUGAGAACAGUCGUGGCGAGAGAGGCCUGUUUCCUGCCCUGUACGUGGAAAUCAUUCGGCCUCGUUCCAACUCUGACCAGACCGACUGGUCCGGGAGCCCUGCAGGCUCCCCCGACAAAGAGCCAUAUUUUCCCUCCACUCCUUACUAUGAAGACGACGACGAUGACUGGGACGACUGGGACGAGGCCUCGACUGUGGUCGGGGAUGCUGACCCAUGUAGAGCGAUGGGUGCCAAUGGGCACCCGUAUCAGUCUCAGUACUCUCACUCGCACGUUCACAAUCGUGCCAAGCCUUCCAUGGAGCGCCAAGACAGCAUCUCCAGCUCCAGGAAAGGCAGCAUGGUGGGCCGCAACCUCAAUCGCUUUUCCAGUUUCGUGCGCUCUGGUGUGGAGGCCUUUGUGCUCGGUGAUGUUCCCAUGAUGGCAAAGAUUGCCGAGUCCUAUAAAAUCGAGAUGGGCUCUCGAGGGCCUCAGUGGAUGGACAGUCCUCAGCCUUUCUCCUGCUCCAUAGAGGAUCCCACCAAGCAGACUAAGUUCAAGGGCAUUAAGACUUAUAUUUCCUAUCGGGUCACACCCAGCCACACCAACAGGCCUGUGUACCGGCGCUACAAGCACUUUGACUGGCUCUACAACCGUUUGCUGCACAAAUUCACUGUCAUCUCUGUACCCCACCUACCUGAGAAGCAAGCAACUGGGCGCUUUGAAGAAGACUUCAUUGAAAAGAGAAAGCGGCGGCUCAUACUAUGGAUGGAUCACAUGACUAGUCACCCAGUGCUCUCUCAAUACGAAGGUUUUGAGCACUUUCUCAUGUGUGGAGAUGACAAGCAGUGGAAGCUGGGCAAGCGUCGGGCAGAGAAGGAUGAGAUGGUUGGAGCUCACUUCAUGCUUACCCUUCAUAUUCCCAGUGAGCAUCAGGACCUGCAAGAUGUUGAAGAGCGUAUUGAUACUUUCAAGUCCUUUGCCAAGAAAAUGGACGACAGCGUCAUGCAGCUGACGCACGUCGCCUCCGAACUUGUCCGCAAGCAUGUCGGAGGCUUUCGGAAAGAGUUUCAUCGCCUGGGUAAUGCUUUUCAGUCCAUCAGCCAGGCUUUCAUGCUGGACCCUCCGCACAGUUCAGAUGCUCUGAACAAUGCGAUCUCGCACACUGGCCGGACGUAUGAGCACAUUGGGGAGAUGUUUGCAGAGCAGCCCAAAUUAGACCUGUUCCUCAUGCUGGACAAACUAUCACUCUACCAAGGCUUGCUGUCCAACUUUCCAGACAUCAUUCAUUUACAGAAAGGUGCAUUUGCGAAGGUGAAAGAGUCGCAGCGCAUGAGCGACGAAGGCAAGAUGGAUCAGGACGAGGCCGACGGUAUUCGGAAGCGCUGCAGAACGGUGGGCUUCGCUCUGCAGGCCGAGAUGAACCAUUUCCACCAGCGCAGGGAGGUGGACUUUAAGGACAUGAUGCAGGCCUAUCUGCGUCAGCAGAUCAGCUUUUACCAGCGAGUGGUGCAGCAGCUCGAGAGGACUCUCACUAUGUAUGACAGUUUUUAAACAAUGACUUUGCAGUCGGAAUCUAUUAGGAGGAACUUUGUUAAAGAGCGAAACACAAGAGCCGCAUAGUUUAUCUUUAUCUCAAAGAGCCUGCAGCUUAGAAAUUUGUAUGAUCUAUAAAGAUGAUUGAUUUUUCAGAGAGAAUUAUGAAGAUAGUCGGACCAAACACCAGCUCAUGGACCUUAAAUCUCACUUUCUUGGCUUUUCUGGCUAAAACGUAUUCCCACAGUCCAUGUUGCCUUGAUGAAAAUCCAUAUAUUUGUAUCUUUCUCUUACACAUUCCUUGUAAUUUAAAAUAUGUACUAAGAAGAGAAAGUCUAAAGAUCUUGACCUCAGUACUCAGGUUAAGUAGAUUAUCUUAAGAUUUUAAAGCAAGCCAUUGUUGAGCCUGCCAGUGAUGUCCCACAGGUUUUACAGGUGCUAGAGCUGUAUAAUAGUGUGCGAACACUUAUAGAAUCGGCUUGAUGCCUUAAUUCAUGUAAAACCCAAUAAAAUGGUCAUCUUCAUUUUUAA